UCAAAAACAAAGACAGAAAACAAUAUGUGGACGCUGUUGACAGAAUUCCCUAUUCCCAAUUCUAAUCUGAAGUAACCGCAGGGUUUGUUUCUUUUCCGCUCUAGAAAAUUAUAUCAAAUCUAGUAUUUAAGGGGAAUGAGAAGAAAUUCCAGAGUUAGUUUAACGCCGUUCUCGACAGACAAUACAAUGAUAUCGUUUUUCGGUUUCGUUAUAUUCAUUUCCAUAUGUUCCGCUCAUGCACAGGAUCCGAGGAAGCGAAUCAUACUCGAUGUCAGCGGAGACAUGCUACCAACAUGUGCGGAACAUCUCUGUAUGAAACGAUCCGGAAGUCAAAACGAAUUAGGUCCGUUUUGGGCCAAUCGCGGCAAAAAAGAUCCAAAAUAUCUACAGGAAAAAUUUUUCGUGGACGAGCCGCGCUGGAUUUUGAUUCACAAGGACUACGAUCCGAUGCCAUUUUAUACGACCAGGGGCAAGAAACGUUCUAACACUUUGUAUGAUAAUUUUCAAGACAGGCAAAGACGCGUGUACGCCGACGAUGAAUCUGACGUUGCGUUUUUCGCCGCCAGAGGGAAAAAAUUCAUCGAGAAAAUUUGAACCGAUCAGUUUGACGAUUAAAAAAAACACGCUAAGCAUCACGAUGACCGGAACUUUGUCGAUUUACCAUUACUUAAUAAAUUGAGCAAAUUAAUCGCGGUUUAUUUUAUUUGUAGCUAAAAACAAA